GGGGAUGAAGUACCCUACGUUUUCGGUGUCCCUAUGGUAGGCCCCACUGACCUUUUCCCCUGCAACUUCUCCAAGAAUGACGUUAUGCUCAGUGCUGUCGUCAUGACCUACUGGACCAACUUUGCCAAGACCGGGUGUGAAUGAGGCAGGAUGAAUUGGACGGGUUUGUACACCUUGCUCAGUGGUGUGAACCGGCAUUCUACUGCCAUUGGCCGAGUGUGGCUCUCGGUCAUCUUUAUCUUCAGAAUCAUGGUGCUGGUGGUGGCUGCCGAGAGCGUGUGGGGUGACGAGAAGUCUUCCUUCAUCUGUAACACCCUCCAGCCUGGCUGCAACAGCGUCUGCUACGACCACUUUUUCCCCAUUUCCCAUGUGCGUCUGUGGUCUCUGCAGCUCAUCUUGGUUUCCACCCCAGCUCUCCUCGUGGCCAUGCACGUGGCUCACCAGCAGCACAUAGAAAAGAAAAUGCUGCGACUUGAGGGCCACGGGGACCCCCUACACCUGGAGGAGGUGAAGAGGCACAAGGUCCACAUCUCAGGGACACUGUGGUGGACCUAUGUCAUCAGCGUGGUCUUCCGGCUGCUGUUCGAGGCCGCCUUCAUGUACGUCUUUUAUCUGCUCUACCCUGGCUAUGCCAUGGUGCGGCUGGUCAAAUGUGAGGCCUACCCCUGCCCCAACACAGUGGACUGCUUCGUGUCCCGCCCCACGGAGAAAACCGUCUUCACCGUCUUCAUGCUGGCCGCCUCCGGCAUCUGUAUCAUCCUCAACGUGGCUGAGGUGGUGUACCUCAUCUUCCGGGCCUGCGCCCGCCGAGCCCAGCGCCACUCCAAUCCACCCUCCCGCAAGGGCUCCGGGGGCUUCGGCCACCGCCUCUCACCUGAGUACAAGCAGAACGAGAUCAACAAGCUGCUCAGCGAGCAGGACGGCUCCCUGAAAGACAUACUGCGCCGCAGCCCCGGCACCGGGGCCGGGCUGGCCGAGAAGAGCGACCGCUGCUCAGCCUGCUGAUGCCACAGACCAGGCAACCUCCCAUCCCGUCCCCCACCCUGCACCGGCCUGCCCCUCCUUCUCCCCUGCCGGUGCACAGGCCUCGGACUGCUAGGGAUUGCUCCAUCAAAACCUUCCUUCCCUCCCAACUUCCCUUCCUCCCAGGGCCUUCUGCCUCAGGGGCUGAAGGGGUGGGGAGCUGGAGGCCACCCACGCCAACACUCAAGGCUACUGGGCGUGUGGGCCGCGCUCGUUGCCCGCACCCCUUCCACUUCACUCUCUCUCUCCCUGGGACCACUGGGGACCAGAGGUAGGAUGCUCUGACAACAUCUCCAAUUAUGAAACUAAUCUUAACCCCGUGCUGUCAGAUACCCUAUUUCUGGAGUCACAUCAGUAGGGAGGGAUGUGGG